CGCUGUUAGGGUCCGGGUUGUCCGCAGUUUGAAGCGGCGCUGUGCUGUUUGUUUCCUCCUUGGGAGGUUUCGUGUCGGUCGGUCGGCCGGCCAGCCAUGGCGAUGUUAGCCGAGCAUCAGUUCAAGCAGCUGCCGGCGGACAGGCAGAUCGAUACCCGGGCUUUCCUGGACAGCGUCUCUUACCUGCCGCCCUUUUUCGAUUGCCUUGGGUCAACAGUGUUUUCACCAAUCAAAGCAGAUGUGACUGGCAACAUCACUAAAAUCAAGAAUGUAUAUGAGACGAAUCCCACAAAAUUCAAAACAUUACAACUAAUUCUGGAAGGAGAAAAAGAACAAUAUGGCACUGAGUGGCCAAAUGUUGGGGCUACAUUGGCGCUAAUGUGGCUAAAAAGGGGUCUGAAGUUCAUACAAGUUAUGCUGCAAAGCAUCGCAGAUGGGGAGCGGGAUGAAUCAAACCCAAACCUCAUUCGAGUCAAUGCUACAAAAGCAUAUGAGUUAACUUUGAAGAAGUACCACAGCUGGAUUGUACAAAGACUUUUUUCUGCCGCAGUUUAUGCAGCACCAUAUAAAUCAGACUUUAUGAAGGCCCUAUCGAAGGGCAGAGAGGUGAAAGAAGAAGAAUGUAUAGAGAAAAUCAGGCAGUUUUUAGUCAACUUCACUGUCACUAUUGAUGCAAUCUAUGAGAUGUACACCAAAAUGAAUGCAGAGUUGGAUUACAAGGUCUAACACUCGCACUGUCUGCCUUUCUUACUCUCUUCUUCUCACCCUUUUCUCAGCAAUAAAUUAGCUAAUCACUGUGAUUUUGAUAACUUUUUAGGUUGCUGUUUCUACAGGGUAAUGGUCAUUAACCAGCAUUAGUUAGUGUGGAAUUUGGCAGAGGAGACACUAAGAUGGUGUGUACUCCUGAACCUUAACACUGUAAUCACAUUCAAUUAAAUCACAAUAGAUCAGGUCCAUCCAUCCCCUACAUCCUACUAGCUAUUGAUUUCUUUGAUUUGAUAGUGCAGGGUGUAUUGUUUUCUAAUGUGAAUUUCCUUUGCUUGUAUUAAUAGAUCAUAACACAGCUAGUAGGAACUGCAGAUGCUGGAGAAUCUGAGAUAACAAGGUAUACAGCUGGAUGAACACCAGGCCAAGCAGCUUCAGAAGAGCAGGAAAGCUGACGUUUCAGACCUGGACCCCAUUUUCUGCAGAAGGGUCUAGACCCGAAACGUCAGCUUUCCUGCGCCUCUGAUGCUGCUCGGCCUGCUGUGUUCAUCCAGCUCUACACCUUGUGAUCUCAUGUAACAGAGCUAUAGGCUUUUGAGGUUACUCCCAAAUACGUUUGUAACUUUUUGUCAGGAAACUUUUGAUUAUAAAGGAACUGUUGAGGUCAGUGCGAAAGCUCAGCUUAUAAACAUUUAAUUUUCUAAAAACUUCCAUGGGCAAAGGCUGACUUCAGUUGUUUUAAACCAAGCAGUUCAUGCUGAUAAAUGAAAUAUGUCUUUCUUAAAACAAAAAAAUCAUUUUCUGAAAUCAUCAUAAUUGGAUUACCUGGCCGCUCAAUUGUCUAAUUCCAGUGCACCAAAUCCAUUUAUUGUCUCUCCUUUUUCUCCUUUAUUAAUGGUGCUGCUCUCUGCUAGGGUAUGGUGACAGUGCCAGUACAUUGCCCAGGUUGUGCUACCUUACGUGAACCUGGAUGAUAACUAUUGGCUGGGUUGUAGAGGGAUGCUGCACAUAGCACGUGGCUAAAUAGUAAUUCAGCGAGAAUCUCUUCCUGUUUUUUCUCUCUUCUUCACCUUUCUCACAUCCUCCAAACAAUUGGGGCUGAAUCUGGAAGAUGCCCACAAAAGGUUGACUAAUUUGGCGCAGACUCACAUGCUGUCUGUGACAAUCCAAUAUGACUACUUCAGUUCCAUUAAACAAUCAUUUUGGCCAUUUUUUGAAAUUUUUAUAAAAAGUGAAAAAUGGGUUUCAGUUUGUGUAAUUUAGAAAAUUCAAUCUGGACCAUUUCAGUAAUUCGACACAAGUAGAACAUUUCUUGGCUUUGUUCACAAAAGGUUGUUAGGGACUUUGGUUUUUUUUUAGAUUCCCUACAGUGUGGAAACGGGCCCUUCGGCCCAACAAGUCCACACCGCCCCUUGAAGCGUCCCACUCAGACCCAUCCCCCUAUAACCCACACACCUCUGAACACUACAGGCAACUUAGCAUGGCCAAUCCACCUAACCUGCACAUCUUUGGACUGUGGGAGGAAACCGGAGCACCCGGAGGAAACCCAUGCAGACACGGGGAGAAUGUGCAAACUCCACACACAGUCGCCCAAGGCGGGAAUCGAACCCAUGUCCCUGUCGCUGUGAGGCUGCAGUGCUAGCCACUGUGCUGCCCCACAUGAAAUUGUUGCUAUUUUUCCAUGCGUCUUAUUUGGAAAGCUGCCUGUCUGGUCUUUCCCCUCUUGUUUAUUAAAUCUUUGGAUCAGCGCAGGAUAUCCAAAAUAUGCCACUGAUUUUUAAUUUUAAAUGGCACUAACAUUUUAGUCAGAGGCACAGACGUUGUGGAGCCUGUGGAAGAGGAUGCUCUAGGUCCAUGUCAGUAAAGCUAAAACAAAAUGUUUCCAAAUAAACUUAAACCAGGCCUGAAGUGCUUUUGUUUAAGGAAGGCGUAAGCUAAACCUCUGAGUUUAAUAAAUUCAAAUUGUCCUUUCUAAUUUUGAACUUUAUCCAUUUUAACUAUUUUAUCACCUUGUGAAGAGAGAGUCUUGCUAUUUGUUCAUGUGCUGAUUGUAUGUGGUGAUUUUUAUUUUGCCAGUCUCUAUUCCCCUUACUGCUGAGUUCUCUUAUCUUGCAAUGUGAAAUGUAUAUUUCACUUCUGGGUUUUACUAUCUCCCAGUCAUAGCCAGUUCAGACUCUGCUCCUUUUGAUAAUAUAGUUUUGAUUGAGUGGAGAUAUUGGAUGCAAGUUAACUGGUCCAGUUUUUAAAUAUGUUGCAAGUUUUUUUUUCACCAUCCAGUGACCUCUGUUUAAUCAGGAAUAUCAUCCUUCAAUGAGUCUUUCAAACCUGAGACUAGCCAGUGGGCUCGCGUUGAGCUCAACAGAAUUAUACACUAGCAGAGAUAACAUUUGAAACUUCCUGUUCUAUUCUUAACUUAACAACAGGUGGUUACUUUACCUGUUCGUGUGUGUGUGGCCUUAAUCUUUUUAUAUUCUUAAAGCUGGAACUAGUAACACAAAUUACUACUUGGGAUUGUGGGGCUCAUGACAAUAAUCAGUUGAAUGCUCCUGACUCACAAGCACAAGAGGUAGAUAAUUCAGCAUUAACUUAAUCGCAUUUUGGAAGCAAAUAGCGAAGUAGAGCUUUUCUUGUGAAAUGUAAAAUUAGUGCAAUAAGAAGUUUUGAGAUGGAAAAUUAAUGAGUAGAGGGCAUUUGGAAUCCAGCAGUAAUGUCUAUAAUCACUUGAUAGUGAAGACUUGGAAAAGGCUUGCAUUCCUGUACACCAAGUUUGCUCAUUUUGAACACUAGUUUACAAAAUCCAUAUAAAAGUCAAGGAAGGAAGGCGCAAUAAUACCCUUUUUGUUCCUACAGUGGUCAGAUUGGGGAAAUAUAGAAAUUUCUGGCAGAUUAUGUAUAACUUUAUCUGACUUUGAGCACAACUGUGUUUUGUCUUUGUCCCAAAUGAAAGACCAGAAGGAUGGACUGCACAGUGGAGUAUGGGGGAAAUUGGUGGUCCCAUGACAGUAGUAACUAAAACCUUGGUGCCAUCUCGUUGCUGCUUGUUUUAAUGAUUUUUUUUUUUGGAAACCUGGGCAAACCAGGUUCAUUUCUAGCAAUCUGAGACCAUGUUUUAAAUUACAUUGAGACCUAUUAGCUACAAUAGUUUGAAGUUAAUGAAAUAUUCAAAGAUAAAUGAAGCUUUUUGAUUUUUUGGGGGAAAGGAAAGAGGGUUUCCACUUUAAUAGUCUCUGAAGAUCUUUCCCGAGAACUGCUUCCAUAGAAAUAUGUAAUUCAAAUAUGUUUGAUGUUGAAUAAGAGAUAACAAGGUGUAGAGCUGCUUGAAUACAUCAGGCCCAAGCAGCAUCAGAGGAGCAGGAAGGCUGACAUUUUGGGCUAGACCCUUCUUCAGAAAACAUGUUUGAAGAUUGUUUGGACUGUUUCAGUCUUAAUAUAGGGCUAUGUGAAAUGGCCUUUGCAUAUUCUGAUAUGCUUAUUGACUUUGCUGAUCUUUUGUGCUUGUAUAAUAUCUUGGUUUAAUUAAAUUCCUUUCUCUUUUGGAUUUGUUAAAGAAUAAUGGAGUGGAAUAAAUAGUGUAUUCAGGGAAAUUUCACUAAUGCCAUUUUUUUUCUUUUGGACCACAGCUUUUAUAACCAUAAGGCAUGACAUUUUUUAAUUCUAAAAAUUGCAGUUGCUGCGUUUCGUGACUGAAACUUUUCUCCCCCUCCCUCAGUACUUUUUUUCUACCUCACCUAAACUUUUAGCGUAAAGUAUCCAAUCUUGCCAGGCAUGUAGAGAGAGAUAAUGGGAACUGCAGAUGCUGGAGAAUUCCAAGAUAAUAAAAUGUGAGGCUGGAUGAACACAGCAGGCCAAGCAGCAUCUCAGGAGCACAAAAGCUGACACUUCGGGCCUAGACCCUUCUUCAGAGAGGGGGAUGGGGAGAGGGAGCUGGAAUAAAUAGGGAGAGAGGGGGAGGUGGACCGAAGAUGGAGAUUAAAGAAGAUAGGUGGAGAGAGUAUAGGUGGGGAGGUAGGGAGGGGAUAGGUCAGUCCAGGGAAGACGGACAGGUCAAGGAGGUGGGAUGAGGUUAGUAGGUAGCUGGGGGUGCGGCUUGGUGUGGGAGGAAGGGAUGGGUGAGAGGAAGAACCGGUUAGGGAGGCAGAGACAGGUUGGACUGGUUUUGGGAUGCAGGCAUGUAGCCUUGUACUUUCCCUCACUCUGCCCAUCUGUGAAAACUAGUGCAUUCCCCUCCCUCUUGAGUUCCAUUGUUUCCCUGCACAAGUACCUAUGCCUCGUGGUAAAAGCACUGCUGAGAAUUAUUCAGAUGGAUUUAAGUUUCAGGUGAUUAGAUGUGUGGCCAGGAUUGGUAAGGCAGUGUCAAUGUUUGCACUGUAAUUACACAAUGUGUCAUACCGUUAAUUGUACAUGUGAAAUAUUUUUGACCUUGUGGUAAAAGUGAACUAAAACUAACCUGAAUGUGUGCACUUGCUGAGUUUUAUUGCCAGUUGACUGAGGGUAUGACUACUUUUGGGCAAACAAGUUUUUCACUGAUUUUAAAAAUCACUGGCACCAUCCAUUUAUUGCUAUCUGCACCGAUUAGUCCAUUAGUUUAUAGCAUUGCUAAUGAUAUUGAGUUUGCUAUGUAUAACACAUUCUUACCAUGUAUUGCAAGGUGGCAGCCAAUCCUAGUGCAUGGCAAGCUGAUCAGCAUCUGAAGGGGGUGAAUUAAUGUUUGAGGUCCAUUCAUCAGAACAUGAUUGACUGUACUAGAGAUGUUCGUUCAUUCUUUCUUUCUAAGAAUUGGACAUGGUUGCCAGUUGUGAAGGGCUACUUUUUCAGAAUAAUCUUUUUACCUUGACUACUUGAUGUUGAAACCUGUAGUGGGAUAGCAGAGUGGCUCAUAUCCUGGAAGGAGGAAGUCAAAUGGAGACCUUCAUUUUUAAUUCUGUGCUUUGAUUCAAAUAUUAAGCUUUUGCUUUGUGCAUCCAGGCAGCAGCAUCCAUUCUUUAUUUCAAAUUUUUAAAUACUUCUGCAUUUUCCACUUAAUUUUAACCAGGAGUUUUAAAGCAUCAGAAGUUCCUUACUUCUGGUGUUGCCUAAACCUGCUUCCUGCACCACUGCCUUCUGAUGCACUGCUGACACAAAGCAAUGACAUGUUUGAAAGGCAAAACAAGAUCUGUGGCUGUUUUGUUUUGGAGGAUCUUUUUUAACAUAAUUGACCCAGUUAGAAUCUCUCUUUCCUUUUAGUUUUACUUUGUAACUUCUAAACUUUUGUAAAAAAGUUAUAAAUACUGCAGGAAAGUGUCCCCAAAUUGAAAUCUUGUUACUGAGCGGAUCAUUUCCUGUAAUCAGUUGCUUUAAGAAUUGACAAACUGGCUGCGGGUUGUGCUUGGAUCAUUAGAUUAGCUGAGAUUGUUUUGUGCUGUUCAUGCACUACAGUUACUGCUGUUUAGAGUGGACAGAGUGUGAGAACACUAAUUAAAUUAACCUUUUCCCUUGUUUCAGAUGGUCAGUGUACAUUUUUCUUGAGGUCAGCAUGUGACAUCUGACCCUAAAUUUCAUCAGGGUUGGCUGGGAAAUAUGGUAGUUCAGAUCAUAGUUUUAAACAGCUUCAGUUAAAUGAUUCAUUUUAAUGUUCAUUUUCCUUUCCUAUCAUCCUGCUACCUUAUUAAACUUCUCCCAUUUAUUAUUUCAGGAAUGUGCCGUUGUUUGUUCCACUGUUAAUAAUUGCUGUUGAGGAACGCAGUAACUGUAAAAUGAAUAUUGUAUUUGAACAGAGAUAGUAGGAACUGCCGAAGCUGGAGAAUCUGAGAUAACACGGUGUGAAGCUGGAUGAACACAGCAGGCCAAGCAGCAUCAGAGGAGCAGGAAAGCUUACGUUUUGGGUCGGGACCCUUCUUCAGGAAAAAAAAAAGGGUCCUGAAGAAUGUUUUGGGACAGAACCCAUGUCAAACUUUCUUGCUCCUCUGAUGCUGCUUGGCCUGCUGUGUUCGUCCAGCUUCACAUGUUGUAUUUGAACAUGUAUUUUACUGGCUUGAGUGGGACGUGGGCCUUAAACAUCUAAUCUUAAUGUUCAUAAACUUCCAUUUUUGGACUCUUCUUUUGUUCAAAUUUGCUCAUUGAACUGGUUUUGGAAUUCUCUUUGUGCAUAAGAUCAGUAAAUUUAUAGAUUUGUUUGCAGGAUCUAACUAGUCUUAGACCAUGUUUAUAAAUUGUGUUCCACUCGAGUGAAGGAUUCCUAUUUGUUUCUUUUUUCAUAUUGGAGAAUGUGCUAUGACAGAGGCAGUCUCAGCAUCAGGAUCCAAUGUCAAAUAGUAUUCUUUUUACAAUCUUUCCCUCCUGGGCUGAGAAUACUUAUUAUUAAAAACAGUAUGUGUUGUGGACGCCCUUUCUCAGUACCAAACCCAGAGGGAUGUUCUUAUCGUGAUUUUGGAUGGAAUUUUCUGCCAGACUACUGAACUGUAAAGGGCACAGUGUAGCCUGAUCUGUAUGGCCAGAUUGCCAGGGUCCUCUUAUUGCAUCAUCUGUCAUUGACUAAGGCAGCACUGGUGCAUUUGCUGACAGGCAAACUAAAAUGCAUUCUGGUUUGUGUUUUAUUUUCAUUGAAAAUGGAUUAUAAUUACUUUUUUUUUGAAGGAGUACUGAUGGAGAGACUUCCUUAACUUGAAUCCUAAACCCUCAAAUGUCUUACUUUAAAAGUUUAACUCCAGUAAAAUUGUUUUAACUACAAUAAAACCCCAAGCCUAUUUUGUCAAAA